AUGUCCGCGAGUGGCUCGGGAAUCAUGACACUUUCUGCAAUGGCAUGUAGCGCAGACGAAAGCCAGUUAGCCACAGCGACGACGACAAAAACAACGAACGGAUACGGACCUUUGAUAAAGGACGAGAACCACAAGCUGCAAUUGACGCCACUAACGGUAUCCCGCACUUCAACACCAUCGUCAACAUCGUCCGUUUCGUUGCGCAGAGCUCGGAAUUUUUGGUCUGUACACGAAGAUACAGCUCUGGUCUCAACCGUGAUAGACAAUACAGCCAUUUUAAAAGGCAGUGAUAACAGUAAUCGACCACGCGGCCGGUUCUGGUUGCAUAUCAGCUUUGAGCUGAAAAACAGACAUGGGUUGACCCGCAACAAGCGUCAAUGCCGAGACCGGUUCAACCUACUUUUUUGGAAAGCGGUGCGUGACCGCAACACAAGUCGUGGUGAACUCAAACACUUAGAUGCGUUGCUGGCACAAUGUUUAACAUUGCUGUACAUCGACAAAAACAACGUGAUAAUGUUGAAGGAAAACGGUGUCAGCGACAGCAUUGGUGUUAACCACAAUUUAAUAGCGGCGCCCGAAAUUCCGUCUUUGAAUGAAGACACCGGUCUGCACAGUCCGGCCAUGUCCAUGUACAGUUCAGUAAGCGAUGGAGCUCCAGAUAUGUGCUACGAGUCGCUUGCGGAGCUGGCUUUCGGGUUACAACGACAAGUGACUGCUCUUACGCAACAGGUGGAAGAUUUAUCUGGCGUGGUGGAAGAAGAAAGGUCAAGGGUCGAUGUUUUAAUGAAACAUGGAGUAAUGUACCAGCCCGUUACCAGACAAGAGCCUUUUUACGCUGCAGAUACGUGCUGCAGACCGGGCAAUAAUAAUGCAUACGGCAAAACUCCAAACAGUAACUACACCAUGUCGCCGUAUUUACUGGCUCGACGGGAGUAA